UAGCCUCCUGACUUGUACCCUUCCCCUGGUUGAAUGUAUUUAUAGAGUUGUAACAAUGCCUUUGGACCAAUCAGACAGAUUCCUCUGAUACAGUGGCUGGGUCUCAUGCUGCUUUGUGAUUGACAAGGAUGUACAUUGCAUUGAUCCUCUCACAUGCAAUAGAAACAAACACCUGUCAACAUUUACCCAUUGAUGCUGUUGCUGUAGGCAUAACCUCAGUAUAACACACAACUAAGGAUAUAAAAGUUAUUUUUCAAAAGAAAAAAAUCUUUAAGUCAGAACAACAAGUGAUUUUGCUGUUUAUAAGCCUACUGUCUCGGACACCAGGAAAAGUAUAUCUCUAACACAAGACUGAUUUCCAGAGAGAGAAGAUAGGCAUUGGAUCAACAGAGAGAGAAGAUAGGCAUUGGAUCAACAGAGAGAGAAGAUAGGCAUUGGAUCAACAGAGAGAGAAGAUAGGCAUUGGAUCAACAGAGAGAAAAGAUAGGCAUUGGAUCAACAGAGAGAGAAGAUAGGCAUUGGAUCAACAGAGAGAGAAGAUAGGCAUUGGAUCAACAGAGAGAGAAGAUAGGCAUUGGAUCAACAGAGAGAGGAGAUAGGCAUUGGAUCAACAGAGAGAGGAGAUAGGCAUUGGAUCAACAGAGAGAGGAGAUAGGCAUUGGAUCAACAGAGAGAGGAGAUAGGCAUUGGAUCAACAGAGAGAGAAGAUAGGCAUUGGAUCAACAGGAGAAAUUGAGUGACACAUCCGUUAGCCAUCCUCCAUUCAAGAUAUAUAUACAACUAUCCAGUAUGCGUGGUCACACAAGAAAAGCAGCCCCAGACCAGAGGGUAACAGUAGACACAAAGUGAGCAAGGUAUGGCCGAAGAUUCCCUCUGGAUCACAUACGACAUGCUCAACUUCACAGACGAUCUGCUUCUGCAGUUUCAAAUGUCAAAACAGAAUGAAACAGGAGAAAUCGAGCAGGAUCUUCUACACACAAGUGAACCUUUGCGCAUUUUCAUCAUUACCAUCUAUUCCAUCGUCAUCAUCAUGGGGUUCAUCGAGAACCUUCUGGUUGUCAUAGUAAUAGUGAGACAUCCUCACCUCCACAAAGUUACCAACGUUUUUAUUGCUUCACUGGCUGUGUCAGACAUUGUCUUAUGUGUAUUUAACCUGCCAUUCCAACUCCACUACCAGCUUACAGACUUCUGGGCGUUCGGUGAGGUUUUGUGUCGGAUCAUCAUGCCCACGUUUGGAGUUCCAAUAUUCUAUUCCACUACCUGUAUGAUGAUGAUUGCAGUUGAUCGGUAUAUUUUGAUUGUGUUCCCAUUCAGGACGCGAAUCACAAAAGAGAAAGCCAUCCUCAUCAUAUGUGUGAUAGUGUUCAUCACUUUCGGACUCGCCACCCCUGUCAUGAUUCACACACAAUACGAAGUAAUAAACGUACCUAUAUUCAACAUACACAAGAUCUUCUGCUAUGAGAGAUGGCCACGAUACGGUGCUCUCACCUACACAUUUUCAAUAUUUUUCCUUCAAGUUUUAUUACCAUUUGGGGUGACAGCAUUUUUGUACUUUAAGAUCCAUCUUGUGUUACAACAACGCCCACUUAAAAGAUCAGAAACAAGACGAAAUAAUCGGACAAACAGAAUACUCAUCUCCAUUGUGGUUCUUUUUGCAGUUUCCUGGCUGCCCUGGAACAUUUUUGCCUUAAUAGUUACCCUUAAUCACAAAAUUGUGUACGGACCUUACUUCAGACUUAUAGACUUAUUAUUAAAAAUCGUGGCCAUGAGCUCCGCAUGUAUCAACCCUUUUCUGUAUGGAUGGCUCAAUGAUAAUUUCAGAAAAGAAUUUGGUAUUAUGCUUGGAAAGAAGAUAAAGCAAGUGCGACAUAACGGAUAUACGAAUACGUAUGCAGAAGCGUCUAAGACGUGUGUCGUUCAGGACAAGUUAACUACAGCAUUAUAAGUUGUAUAGUUUUAUUGGUUUAUACUUGUUACACAAUGUUGGAUAUAUGUUAACGAUUCUUUACUAUGUGUUAAAAUUUGUUUGUACCUCUGAUAAAUAUCCUUCUAUUUCAAUCAUUAAUAAACAUUUAUGCUACAGGGUAUUAACUUGUGCCCUUACAGUUUCAGAUUAGUUUUAUUCUGACAGAAACAAUAUUAUAUUUAGUGGUUUAUCACCAGAACAAAUUAUUUGUGACCAGUAAAUCAUUUAUGAUUCCUAAUGACUCUUUUUAGAUCAGUUUUUACAUGGUUCAUUUUGUAACAACAUGUCACUUUAGAAUUCUAAGUUUCCAAGUUCUAAUCUGUCUUGAAGUAAUGCUGAAUUAGAAGGACAUUAUUGGGCUGUGUUCAAUAAUAUGUAGAUUAAUCCUGUAAUAAGCCCUGCGACCAACACAUAAACUCAGAUUCAAAGUGAUAGAUGAGCUAAUAUUGAGACAAUGAAAUAGAGAAGGGUGGGCUUAUUACCAGGCAUGGGCUUACUGCAGGAUAAUAAAGGUAUGUAUCUGUAUAAUAGGUUAUUUACCCCUGUUUAUAUACUCCAUUACUCCAGAUUCUACUAUUCUCAAUAGAAUUACUGUAAACGUACCUAUUUUAGCAGUAACCUUAUUUUAGCAGUAACCUUAUUUUAGCGGUAAACCUUAUUUUAGUGGUAACCUUAUUUUGAGCAGUAAUCAUUUUUUAGCGAUUUUUGCACCAUAGACAUUUUUCUAAAUUAUUACGCGAAUCACAAAAGAUGUAUAGUAAUUUCUAUGACAAGUAUUGUUGAUGUGUGGAUGCACCAAUUCAUCAUAUGUACAAUUACACACUAAAAUUAGAGUCAAAAUAAGUACGCUUACAGUACCCUAAUUGGUUAAGGUAUUGACGUCAAAUAAUUCAUUAUCAAGUCACUUCAAUGGCUUUGUGAAAUAAAAACAUUUUUACUCCGGA